UGAAAAAAUUACUCUCUAACUUAAUAUAUCGCUACACAUACCACGUGGUAAUAGUACUGUAGCAUUAACAACGUCCUUCGAUUAAAAAAUUAUUGAUUGGUUGAGUCGCUACUUAUAGUUGGGCAGUUACAGGUAAAGAUUGUUGAGGUGAGAAUUUAUGCGCAUCUUAUGAGGGUAUUUUCUCCUAGGGAAAUUCCAGGGAGCUGUUCGAGUUUCUCAUUACAGUACAAAUUAAGAUCUCUUCAUAUGAAGAUAUCUAUCCUAUUCUAAUAUUAGGAUGAUAUAUACCCAUCUAAAUGGUCCACGACAAAUUUCUAGAGGAUCUUCGAGUAUGGAGUGCCAAGUGUAAAAGUUUGUCAAUUAUAAAUAAAACAGCAGAAUACCUAUUCCUCAUGCUGCGUCACACCGAGUCCAUUAAGGAUGGUGUUAUUGACACGGGUUCUUCUAGUGCAUCCCUCACGUCAAGUACUUAAUAACCACUGAGCUCUCUAUUUCUGAAAAAUUCGUGUCUUUCCAAGAUCAUUAACAUUUUCAUCCUGUCAAAUAUAAUUAUCCCUCUGCGACAUUACCAUUUAGUACUGCUUAGUAACUGAGUUAAAGGUGCUAAACCGGCUGCAUUUUUCGUAACAAUGGCAAAUAGUUUUCACAUGAGUGACUCCAGAUACCUUGGUACAAUGCGAUUCACAAAUCCCUGUUUGAAAUGCUUCAUCCUAAGUGUACAUUCACAGCCUCCACUACUAUAAUCUUCAUUGUCUUUAUAUUCUAACAAGAUUCCCAUUAAAGUGAACGGUUGUGGUUCAUCGAAGUAUUCUAAGAACACUAAUCAUUGAUGAUAGUAAGCCCCAAGAUCCUGAAAACGUUAAUGACUUUUGGACCUACACAAACCACUGAAUAUCAUGCAGAUUGUUAUUCAGACGUAACUCCACUAGCUUUUAGAUUAGAGAAGCUUUCUCUAUUUACUGCCAGCUCUUGUUUAGGCACCCAGACAAGGUCAUAGUGCCCAUAAAAACUAUGGUUACAGUUAGUAACACACCAAGUAUCACCGCGUGCUAAUGGAGUGUGGCAACUGAUGUACACAUGUGCCAAAUCACAAAUAUUCUUUUGCUUUUUUCAACGUGAGCAUUAAGCUUUAACGUGCUUACUACCCUUUCUCAGAAUUAAAUCGUCUAUUUUAUUUUUCAGUGUUUAAUCAUUUGUACGAUAAUUUAAUCGUGUAAUGAGAUUUUUCAGUCAAGAGAAGAAGAUCCAACUGACUCUCGAUUGCGGACAGAAGGAGAUUGGCAGCACUAGGUGCCAUCAAUGCCAUAUGGUAUACACAGUUGGUGAUAAAGAAGAUAUCAAAGCUCAUAAAGAGUAUCACCAAAUAAAAUUAUUUCCAACCGUCCGGCUACCAAGAGGACGCCAUGAAAAUAUCAUCAUGGAAAAUUUCGAUGGUUCUCGAGUGACGGAAAUACUUACUACUCUUCGACUUGGAAAAUCCUUUUACGAACGAAUAUCAACACUGAUAAGCCUUGACCUUGGUUACGAUCUACCAUCAGAAGACAGUAACCCCCAUCAUGUUAAGUUGUCUAAUACCUUACAUCCCGACUGGCGUGUUUUCGUCUACGUAAAGGAUCGAACACAAUUAGUCGUGGGUUGUUGCAUUGUUGAGGAACUAACUGCAAAGAAGAUAUCAGAAAAGGGUUACAAACUGAACAGACUGAUUGGUGGACGGAAAAGUCUCUUAUCUUGGAGUAUUCAGAGUGUCGACCGAAAUGGCGAUCAAUGUGAUUUAAUUUCCUCAAAUCCCGGCCUCUCUUGUGUAAACAUUGACGGACCAAUUUGUGGCAUUCGGCGAAUAUGGGUAGAACGUAAAUAUCGUCGGAAGGGAAUAGCCACAAGUUUAUUAGAUGCUGUGCUACAAAACUUAAUAUAUGGUUUACCACUCUCUCGUACACAAGCAGCUUUUUCCGAACCAACUGCAAAUGGCGCAGAUUUUGCUGUAUCUUACAUAGGCCGAGAAGACUUCUUAAUAUACUGAUUUUAUAUUUUUAUAAUGGAAACUUGGCACUUGCAGUUAUUUAUUCUAAAUUUAUAGAGUAAAUUAUAUAUUCACUGU